GUCUCCCCAUUCAGUUGAAUAGAGCGAUUGGACCCGGAAGCCGCUUCGCGUGACGUCACACUUAACAAGCGGAUACAGCAAGGUUCCUGACUUGCUCAAAGUACAUAAGAAUACCACAAAAGCAUCCUCAAACAGACCAUAUGCCUACAGUGGUUCAGUCUGUACAUUAUCAAGCUACAAUAAUACUUUUGUGUAAACAAAUUUAUCCAACAGUUUAUUCUCUUCAGUGUUGGUAUAUUACAUGCACCCCUGGAUGCCUGUGCAUGGCUUCCCCUGUUUUUUUUGGUACUUUCUGGCCUUUGAAUGAGUCUGGACCCUUGCUAUCUAUGGAGGAUGAAGGAGCUUUAAGAUUUCACCUAAAACAUCUUAAUUUGUGUUAUUAAAAGGAACAGAAAUAUUGUCUACUGCCAUACAAAAUUAAUAAAUAAAAUAUGAAAACCCCCAAUGUGAUUUGAGUUCGACACCCCUGUUAGAUCCCUUGUCUCUACUUGUAAUUUGCUGUCUUCUACUGGCAUCUUAAAAGCACUAAAUCCUUUAGGAAUACGUCCUAACACACAAUGCAGUGGCUUUCAAUGGUGAUGUUUAAUGUUUUAAUGGUAUUUGUAGUGGAAAACAGGAAAUCUUUUCUCAUAGGUUUUAGUUGUUUUUGCCAAGCUCAAGGUUACUUUAUUUAUUGUUAUAUGAUACAAAAUAUAUCAGCUAUAAGGUCAUAUUGACAUGCAUUUAUACAAAACAAAUCAUUAAUUGCAAAGUGAAAUUGAUUUGAACAGUAAUUUCAUCAUGUGACAUUUUUUAUUUAAUGGCAUAAUAGGCCGACCUAAUUUAAUAUCUGAAAGAAAGAUCUCAAUAUCUAGAUGUCUAAUAUCCAGUAUCUAACUAUGAACUUGACAAUAAAUAAUUGGAUGACCUGAUUAUACAUUCAGCAAAUUAAUUAAAAUCACUAUGUUAGUCACAGCAAAAACAUCCCUGCAUGUGUACACACUAACCAACAACUAAAAGUAGAAAGAAAUAACCUUAAAAGUCACGUCAUAAUUGACAGCGUUUUCUUCAUACCAAUAAUAAACACUGGAUAAAUAUUAUUCAAGUAAAACUAAAAUCUUUUGUUUCAUGUUAUUCCUUCCUUUAGGUCGAGAAAUCGGUGACUGGUGUGAAGAUUCAUCUUUGCAUCUGGAGGAACAGAUCAAUGUUCAGACUGAGGAACCGUCACUGGAGGAACCUGUUGAUGAUCAGAGUGAAGAACCAUCACUGGUAGAGCCUGUCAGUGUUCACGGUGAAGAACCAUCACUGGUAGAGCCUGUCAGUGUUCACGGUGAAGAACCAUCACUGGUAGAGCCUGACAGUGUUCACGGUGAAGAAUUAACACUGGUAGAGCCUGACAGUGUUCACGGUGAAGAAUUAACACUGGUAGAGCCUGACAGUGUUCACGGUGAAGAACCAUCACUGGUAGAGCCUGACAGUGUUCACGGUGAAGAACCAUCACUGGUCGAGCCUGUCGAUGGUCACAGUGAGGACUUAGCCAGCUUCUCCAGCAGUGAUGAUGUUCCUCCAAACAUUUUCUACGCUGAGUCCAGCAGUAGUGAUGACCUCCCUCAAGAGUUUUACUCAGCCGGAUACAACUGUAGUAGUGAGCUCACAGCCAGCUCCUACAGCAGCUUCUUCUCUGCUGAGUCCGGCUGUGGUGAUGACCACUCGACAGAUUUUCUGUCGGCUGAGUCCGGCUGUGGUGAUGACCACUCGACAGAUUUUCUGUCGGCUGAGUCCGGCUGUGGUGAUGACCACUCUACAGACUUUCUGUCCGCUGAGUCCGGCUGUGGUGAUGACCCCUCUACAGAUUUUCUGUCCGCUGAGUCCGGCUGUGGUGAUGACCCCCCUCCAAAUGUGGUCUCUGCUGAGUCUGGCUGUAGUCAUGAUGACCCUCCAAAGGUGGUCUCUGCAAAGCCCGGCUGUAGUCAUGAUGACCCUCCAAAGGUGGUCCCUGCUCAGCCCGGCUGUAGUUAUCACCCCCCAACAAAAGUGGUCCCUGCUCAGCCCGGCUGUAGUCAUCACCCCCCAACAAAAGUGGUCCCUGCUCAGCCCGGCUGUAGUCAUCACCCCCCAACAAAAGUGGUCCCUGCUAAGCCCGGCUGUAGUCAUCACCCCCCAACAAAAGUUGUCCCUGCUAAGCCCGGCUGUAAAGCUGUCGCUAAAGGUGCAACCUGUCAGACGAAGGGCGCUGUUCGACAUCAGCCAAAACAGCUGAAGUUCAGAAACACAGAAAUCAUGGGUAAGUUUACAGCCCAGUCACUCAACACACAUGCCUAUUUUAAUAGUGUUUUCAUGACUUUUAUGCUUUAAACUGGCUUUAAUACACAUUUUGUUCAGGGGUAGCUGAUAACUAAGAUAGAAAUAUAUAUACAGUUGAAGUCAGA